AUGGGCGCCGACAUUAACGUUGAUGUCCUCGUCAUUGGCAUGGGACCUACUGGUCUCGGUGCUGCCAAGCGACUGAAUCAGAUUAACGGCCCAUCAUGGCUGAUUGUUGACUCUUCAGACAAGGCUGGUGGUCUCGCCGGCACUGAUACCACCGACGAGGGCUUCCUGUACGAUGUUGGCGGCCACGUCAUCUUCUCCCACUACAAGUACUUCGACGACUGUCUCGACGAAGCGCUUCCCAAGGAUGAUGACUGGUACACUCACCAGCGCAUCUCCUACGUUCGCUACAAGGGCCUCUGGGUCCCCUAUCCCUUCCAGAACAACAUUUCCAUCCUGCCCAAGGAGGACCAGGUCAAGGCCAUUGAUGGUCUCAUUGAUGCGGCCAUGGAGUGCCGUGUGGCCAACACCAAGCCCAAGGACUUUGACCAGUGGAUUCUGAGAAUGCAGGGCGAGGGUAUUGCCGAUAUGUUUAUGCGCCCAUACAACUACAAGGUCUGGGCCGUUCCCACCACAAAGAUGCAAUGCGAGUGGCUCGGUGAGCGUGUCGCUGCUCCUGAUAUCAAGACCGUCACCAAGAAUGUCAUCCUGAACAAGGUUGCCGGCAAUUGGGGCCCCAACGCUACCUUCCGGUUCCCCGCCCGCGAUGGUACCGGUGGUAUCUGGAUCGCCGUCGCCGACACUCUUCCCAAGGAGAAGAAGCGCUUCGGCAAGCAGGGUGAGGUUACCAGAAUCGACGCUGAGAACAAGGUUGUCCACUUUGCCGACGGCACCACUAUUGGCUAUGGCAAGCUGGUCAACACCAUGGCUGUCGACCACCUCGCCGAGAAGAUGGGCAACCAGGAGCUCAUGAGCCUUACCAAGCAGCUUUUCUACUCCACCACCCACGUUGUUGGUGUUGGUAUUCGCGGUGAGCGCCCCGAGCGCAUCGGUGACAAGUGCUGGCUCUACUUCCCCGAGGACAACUGCCCAUUUUACCGUGCCACCAUCUUCUCCAACUACUCUCCUUACAACCAGCCGCAGAAGGACGCCAAACUGCCCACUCUGUAUCUUGCCGACGGCACAAAGACGUCUUCUGAGGCCAAGGAGGGUCCUUACUGGUCCAUCAUGUUGGAAGUCUCGCAGUCUUCCAUGAAGCCCGUCGACGUUGAAAACCUGCUCAAGGACAGCAUCCAGGGAUUGAUCAAUACUGAGAUGCUCAAGCCCGAAGACGAAAUCGUCUCCACCUACCACCGCGCCUUUGACCACGGUUAUCCUACGCCGUCUCUGGAGCGUGAGGGCGUGCUGAAGCAGGUCCUACCAAAGCUCCAGGAUAUGGACAUUCUGUCUCGUGGUCGAUUUGGCAGCUGGAGAUAUGAAGUUGGUAACCAGGACCACUCCUUCAUGCUGGGCGUAGAGGCUGUUGACCACAUUGUCAACGGUGCAGUCGAACUGACGCUCAACUAUCCCGACUUUGUCAACACUCGCAGGAACGAGGAGCGACGUUUGGCACAGUCCUUCAACUUUGCUUCCUCUGCUCUGACCAAUGGCACCAAAGUCACCACCAAUGGUGUUACCAACGGCACUGAUUUGCCCAGCCGUGAGCGUGCUUCAUCCAAGGUCUCUGUUAACGGCGGCCACAGCCGAAAGUCCUCCAAGCAGGUCAAUUGA